CCUACUUCCUCAAAUUCUCUCUGUUCAGAAUCGAAUUGGGCAAACAAGUAUGAUGACUUUGACAUUGGAAAGCCAAUCGGUUAUGGUUCUUCAGCCGUUGUGUAUGAAGCUAUCUACAGACCGUUAAAGAAAAGGGUCGCUGUAAAGAUGAUUGAUUUAGACAUGUUUGAACGAAAUCAAAUCGAUGAACUCAGGCGUGAAACAGCACUCAUGGCGUUAUCCAAGCAUCCCAACGUAUUACGGGUUUAUGGGUCGUUUGUCAAUGGGUCCAAAUUGUACAUUGUCACACCUUAUUUAGCUGCUGGGUCAUGCUUAGAUAUCAUGAAAACCUCUUUUCCCAACGGUCUGGAUGAGAUCUCCAUUGCUACUAUCCUCCGCCAGGCGUUGGAAGGGUUGGUUUAUCUUCAUAAAAAUGGACAUAUUCAUCGUGACGUCAAAGCGGGUAAUCUUUUGAUGGAUCAGUAUGGUACUGUUUUGCUAGCUGAUUUUGGUGUUUCUAGCUCUUUGGCUGAAAAUGGUGAUGUUCGAAAAACAUUUGUUGGUACACCCUGUUGGAUGGCACCAGAAGUCAUGGAGCAAGCAGGCUACGAUUAUAAAGCAGACAUUUGGAGCUUCGGCAUCACUUCGUUGGAAUUAGCCACCGGCCAUGCUCCGUUUGCCAAAUAUCCGCCCAUGAAAGUACUCAUGAUGACUUUAUCCAACGCACCACCUACGCUUGAUCGAGAAAAUGGAGCUCAUAAAUACUCGAGAGCGUUCAAAGACAUGAUCGAUUCUUGUCUUCAAAAAGACCCUAGCAAACGACCCUCCGCCGAAAAGUUAUUGAUACAUCCUUUCUUUAAGCAAGCCAAAAAGAAGGAUUACCUGCUCAAAUCUAUUCUGUGUUAUGUACCUCCUUUAGAUCAAAGACCACAUAAAAAGGUGCCUCAAAAGCACAUCUCCUUUGAAAUCACAGAACAGUGGGAUUUUGAUACCCAACGCGACACACCCACAUCAUCCAAUAAUACCACAAAUACCACUUCUACUCCUGAACAUAGCAACAAUAACAACCCGGAUCAACCGAACCCUCCCACUUUAAAAAAACAUAUAUCAUUUGGUGACGCUGUCAUUAAAGAUACGCCUCUUAGACCGCUGAUGUCACCUGUGGCAGAAAGCCCCUCUCCCCUCAUCCCAUCCUCAGCAGCUUCGUCAACACCUCAAAGUAUGGAGCAAUUGUUCACACCGGCAUCGACUCCUGCUUUAGGAGAUACCACUGCAACUGUAGGGUUAGGUAUAUCGACAAGCCCAUCUUCCACUGUCCUCAACCAAUCCAGUAGUCGAAAUCCUACAACAGCCUCAACAGGAACGUUUCAAGAGGGUGAAUUCAAAAAAGGCCGCUUCAGUGUAAACCAAACACCUACCCGCAGUGCUACCCCAGUUGCGGCAGACGAGGCAAGCGUUCCUUCUGAUAAACAACAUGCCGAACGUAAAUCUCGGUUUGAAGUUCAGCAUAGCACUGUCCAUCAGCAGCAUCAUCCUUCUACUUCUUCUACCGCUUCAUAUCACCAUCACCCAUCACCGUCUAAUUUAAACUCCAAUACAGCACCUUCCUCCGCGACAAAUACCGUCAGUACAACUGCCACCAACACUACGACUGGUGUUCCCUGUGUUACUUCUCCUGAAUGUAGAAAGAAAGGUCGAUUCGAGUUGACAGGAGGUACUUCAACCGCUGCCCUUGGCGACAGCACCUCUACCAUCAACAGACAACAACAGCAACUCUCUGAUAAGGACCAUGCCCUCCACUAUGAUUCUCCUCAGUCCACUGUAACACCAUCCCCUUGUGUAUCACCCAGUAAUUCCGUGUCGCGAGGUCAAGCUCAUCGUGUCUUGAAUACUUCUAUGCCACAUAUGGUUUUCUCUCAUAUGGAAAACCUUCUGAAACAGACUGAAAUACAAAAGACAAUGCUUCAGGAAUUAUUAUCAUCUAUGCCAAAUAUUUAUCAUCCCAUCACCAAUCACAAUACCUCUUCU